AGACUGUACAUGUACAUGUAUUUCAUACGUCCAGUGGACCAGCAUAGCCUCUCUUAACGACUUACCCGAACGGUCAACUUUCUUGGAAUUUUCUUGGAUAUUCCUCUUCUAUUCAAAACGAAGGAUUACGUUCUAACGUUAAGAUGUAUCUCUUGGAUUUUGCAGCUUCGAUUUGGACUCCUGUAGGUGAGUGAGAGGCAACCAAUUUGUCAGAUUUGCUGCAUCGUUCGAUCAACCUCUCUUCGCUGUGUGUAGCACAGCUCGACCUCAAGCUCCCGCGGGGAAGCGGCCGGGCGACUCGCUAGGCAAGAUGGCGUCCGUCCCAGCCACCACAAUGCAACGGCUGUGUGUGUUUUGGUGCUGGUUCUGCUGGCUUCUGACGUUACUUGUUGGUGGAGUUGUUGGUCAAGUUCAAGACUCACAGUUCGUUAGAUGUCCUGCACCUUGUGCCUGCCUUGGAGAAAUGGUGGACUGUAACAAGAGGCAGUUGACAUCCGUUCCAUCGAACAUUCCGCACUGGGUCAAAAUUCUGGACAUCAGUAAUAACCGCAUCCAGACUCUCCCUGAUAGGUGGCCCAGCGCUCGCAACGUGAAAAGACUGUUAUUAGACCACAAUGAGAUUGAGUACAUACCACCGGGCUCCAUGGACGGGUUUGUCAGCCUCCGCAAGCUGGAUUUAAGUUACAACAAUAUAGCUAACAUCACUGCCGGCGUGUUCCCCUCCCAGAGCAAUCUCCACCGUGUAUACCUGAACAACAACCAGAUAUCCCUGCUAGCUCCGGGCUGUCUGGACAACUUGACUUCCCUGCAAACGCUCAACCUGGAGAAGAAUCGCAUUGACUUCCUUCCUAGUGAGCUGUUCCUGCAGCUACGAAAGUUGGAUAUCCUCCUGAGCCUGCGCCGCAACCGCAUCGCCGCACUGUCGGACGGCGCCUUCUAUGGCCUGACCCGGCUGCGGGAGCUGCAGUUGGACAGCAACCGCAUCGGCAGUAUCAGCAAGGGCUGGCUGUAUGGCCUGGACGAUGUGCGGCGCCUGCUGCUCAGCCGCAACCUGAUCAAUGCCACCGACCCCGGCGGCUGGGAGUUCUGCCCGGCGCUGGAAGGCCUGGACCUGAGCUUCAACCGCAUCCAAGUGCUGGAGCGCCAUGGCUUUGAGGGCCUGGCAAGCCUGCUGGACCUCUUUAUCAACCAGAACGUGGUGUCCACUGUGGCCGAUGGGGCAUUCAUUGGCUUGAAUGCCCUGAAAGUUCUUGAGCUGAGCAACAACCGCAUCUCUUGGAGCCUGGAGGACAUGCCAGGGGCCUUUGAGGGGCUGAUCUCUCUCCGACACCUCAACCUGGCCAACAACAGGAUUCGCUCCAUUGCCAAGCGGGCCUUUGACGGGAUCGAGGGCAUCAGGGAACUGGACCUGAGAAACAACAACAUCACGUCUAUCCAAGUCAAUGCUUUCAACCACAUGCAGCACCUCAGCCAGCUGUUGAUCAACUCCAGCACCCUGUUCUGUGACUGCCAGCUUUCCUGGUUCCCCGGCUGGGUCGACACAGCUGGUUACCGAGAUACCAUCGAUGGAACAUGUUCCCACCCUCCUCCCCUUCGUGGCAAAAAUGUCUUUAAUGUAGCGCCCUCACUGUUCAUAUGUGACGAUAACUCCAAACCAGUGAUAGUGCGCAAUCCUCAGACCACUGCAGCCCUUCGUGGGGACAACGUGUCCUUGGUGUGCGUGGCCACCAGCAGCAGCGAGUCUCCCAUGCACUUCACUUGGAAGAAGGAUGAUGAGGUUUUGCUCAAUCCCAACGAGCAGAUGUUUGCUAGCCAGGGCGAAGGCAACCUGAUCCAGUACCGCAGCGUGCUGAGCCUGCCCAACAUCCAGGACACGGACCAGGGAAAGUUCCAGUGUGUCAUCACCAACGAGCUGGGUUCCACCAUGUCCAAGACGGCACGGGUCACUGUUUAUGUGUUCCCGUCCUUCACGCUGACUCCCAAGGAGAGUGAGGUGCGCGUCGGCGGCACGGCCCGGCUGGAAUGCUCAGCCACGGGCGACCCCAACCCAGUCAUCGCUUGGCAGAAGGACGGUGGGGAUGAUUUCCCGGCUGCCCGGGAACGACGCUUCCAGGUCAUGGAUGAGGAAUCAGAGACUUUCUACAUCUCCAACGUCAAGGUAUCAGACGUGGGCAUGUACAGCUGCACGGCCACCAAUGCGGCCGGCACCAUCAGCGCCAACGCCACGCUGACCGUCCUGCAAGCCCCCAGUUUCCGGGAGCGGCCGCGUGAUGUGGAGGUGCGGGCAGGGGAAGCGGCUGUGCUGGAGUGCAAGGUGGCAGGCUUGCCCCCGCCCCACAUCACCUGGACCAAGGCCGGCCGGGCAUUCCAGCCAGAUGAGGACCGUAUCCUGACGGGUGGUGGCGACAGCGGGCUGCUGAUCUUCAAGAAUGUCCAGACGGAGGAUGGCGGGCCGUACACCUGCGAGGUGGCCAACAAAUUGGGUGUGAAGAAGGGAUCUGUGACACUGAGCGUCCUGCCAAAAACCAAGUAUUACAGCACCACGACCGGUAUCAUCAUCAUCCUGGUAGUCUGCUGUGUGGUUGGUACCUCACUAGUCUGGGUGUUGAUUAUAUAUCACACGAGGAAACAACGAAGGCACUACAACACAACCCAUGCAGAUGAUCCUGCCCUCCCACCCGAGAUCCCCAGCUCGGCCUUCCAUGGCUCCUCAGACGGCACCAUCCACCAGGAGACCAGCAGCGGCAUCUCCAGCGCGGCCACCGACAAGUUCCCCCCGGACAAUCCCAGCGACUGUGACUCACUAGACGGCGGCAGCGGCAGUGGUGGGGUGAUGAUGCAUCCAGGCCUCAAGUAUGGCCACCGGCUGCAGACGGCCAUGUUUGCUGGGGAGUCCAGCGACCCCAUGGACAUAGCAGUGGCAGGCGAGGAUGUGGAAGACGACAAAGGGGAUAGUGUACUAGACACCCCCCAGCACCUACACUAUGACAGGGAUCUUGAUACAGACCCGGAGAGCUGCACAGAGCACAGCGAGUGCCCGGCUGAGUGCUGCCUCGCCCAAGAGUCCACUGACCGAGCCGUCUCCAGUCCCAAGCACUGCAGCAGGCCGUCAAGGGAAAGGCAGGGCAGCACGGAGAGGAUGUCCCCCGACGUCCUGGAUGGGACGUUACCGCGGCUCUUCCACCCGUCCGUACCCCCGGGGUCGCCCGAGGUGGAGGGCGUUUGCAGGGGGCAGCUCCAGAGCCCUAGGAGCGCUUCACUGGGAUGGCACUCGCGGGGAUACACACCAUGUCAAAAAGAUCAACCAGGAUGUGGCAGGCAUCUCCACCCGCACACGCUACCGCGGAGCAGUCAUCACACAGGGACUGGUACCCCACAGCAGCUGGUCCCUGUCAAUCUGUACGAGAACCCUACCUCCACAGAGACUGCCCGCAUGCACGCCUCUCCCCCCUGCACCCACUGUCGCAACCACCUCGCGGGCAAGAAGUGUCGCAACGCACCGUCCAACCCCAACCCCUCCACCCACCUAUCCCCUGCCCACAAGACGAAAUCAACAUCGCCCUCGUCGCACCAUAAAGCACCCUCACUGAAGGUGCGUCGGCCCCAGAACAGAACAGCGCCACCUAGCAAUGUGUAGAUAGCAGUUAUUUUAAUAUUAUUAUUAUGUUACCAUUGAGGAGCUGUGUAUUAAUGGAACAAAGAAAAAUUGCGGCAGAAAGUUUAUUUUAUUUUCCAAUUUCUAAGCAACUAUGGAAUCAGGCACUGCUUCUGCCGUCUAACGAUGCAUCACAUUAUUUCAAUGGUCACAAGGAUUAAAUGUUAGAUGAAUGUUUAUCAUUAGUAGACAAUUUGAAAGAUCUUGGGUAAGUGAAAUUUGGUGUAUCUCCCCUGAAACAGUUCUCAUUCGGUGCUGGUAAAAAUGUGAUGCAUUGUGGGACUAGUUCUGGUGUUGAUGGCAUUUCCCGGACUCUGGUUUUUUCCUGAGGGGAAUUUAUUUAUUUAACUGAGGCGGCACAACUUGAGCCUGAACCCUUGUGUUGUGACGUCUCCUUAUCUGUUCUCCUCAGGACACGCCCUUUUUUAAAGGGGGUGGGAGUUGAUACGGUAUUAUUGAAUGUAAGCAUUGCCUUGUGCCGAGCUGUUAGCCGAGGCUGGAGACAUCACUGCUUUUAUCUUUCUUUAAACCCCACUUCUCUCAUAUCUCUCACUAGAAACACUAGCCUUUCUUAAUGAUCCACUGAGCAUUCCAUUUUCUGUAGGCUUCACCUCCAGAAAGUGAAAUGCACCUUGAGAGACUAGUUUUACCAUACCAUCUUCGAAGUAGCCAGUAUUUGUACAAUGUGGCUGCCCCCCUCCCCCCCCCCCCCACAAAAAAAGGUGUGUUAAAUGUUUGUACGCCGAGUCCUGGCAAUGCUAUUUCUGAUUUUUCUGCCUCUCAAAUUAGCCCGCUGCCCAACGGAGUCAAAUAAUAAUUGGAUUUCUGUUCCUUUGUAUUGUACAGAAAGAUUGUAAAUAAUAUAUUACUUUGAAAAGAAAAGGUAUGUUUUUGCAUCCCACCCCUUCAUGUGUUUAUAUAUAUAUUAAAAAAGAAAUGUCGUUCCUCUAAAUGUACUAAGAGUUUUGUCAUGAUUUUUGAAAUCAUAUUCAGUUGUUUUUAAAUGUAUUUUUUAUUUCUUUUUGAGUUUAAAAUAGAAGCUUCUGUUUCAGGUGAUAUUGAUAGAUCACAAGUUGAUGCAUUUUUGCAUUUAGGGUGUCCUCAAAAAUAAUAAUGCUCUUUUGUGUGGUCCAAGUAAUCUUCAUUGCGGUUCCUAGCAUUGUAGGGUCCCCUUUUUCCCGAGUUGAAGUCACACUUUGCUCCAGCUAAGGAAAGCAAAGGCAGUUACGUUGAACCUUUAAGCUUUUACCCUACACCCUCCCCAUCAGGUUCUUUGAUAAAUGCAGAGAUUGCAGCAAAACUGAAAUGUGCCCUGGAUCCACACCGGCCUAGGCCCUAUCAAGCGACACAGUGUUCUCUGCCUCUUGCGUUCACCACUAAAUGCAACAUUGGACACCACCUUUGCAUCACUGGUACAUGUAGAUUCCAUUGCAUUAGCAUGGAUAGGGUUAAGCCAGUGGAAUCUUUCCAGACCGAGCAUCUUUGAAGCACAAUUUGGUGUCAACUCGUAACUGUAUUCAGCCUGUAAUGGCAAAGUAUUUUUGAGGGCAUUCUGGAUGAAAUCUCAAUACCUCAAUCACUAUCUUACAGUCAUGUUUCAUCAGCUGUUGAAACAAGAUUGUACUCUGCAUUGGCUGUUUUUUUACCCAACCCUUUACCCCACUCCUGUCUAAAAGGAGCAUUUGACUUAUCCUAAAAAAAAUUGUGCUGAAUGUUAAGGAGUAAUUGUGUACAGGUAUUCCCUGUGAACGCUCACUUUUGCUGCUCAUUUCUUUGAACUGAUAUACGUUUACCUUGACUGUCUUCAGUGUAAUCCUUCCUGGAUGGGAUUUUUCGUAACUUUGUCAAACAAUUAAUUCAUAAGUCAGCGGGUUCCUCAUUCCCUUUCAUUUUCACCCUGUACUUAACCCUUGUAAACAAGAUUUUUCUCAACUUGAUGUAAACAUUCACUGAAGUGUACAUUUGUACUUGACUAGUUUAUGUGUGCCAAAAACAGGUUUUUUGAUACCGACGCCCUAGUUGAAAGUGGGAGAAAUUUUGAUAGCCGUCUUUUGUCUGAAGCAUUGUACCCAUCUGAAAACAAACUGCAGAUGGCCUCGCUGCUGUACAUAAUGCACAGGUUUUACUACUGAGGUGGAUGAAGCAAACUUGAUAAACGUAAGACUUUGCAUUGAUGUCUUUUAGGGUUUCUGAUCAUGUCCACGUUUCACUGUUGGUACUAGGCAUUGCCAAAAUGAUCUUCAGCUAUGGAUUUUGUGGGUGGGGUUGGGUUUUGGAGAGGGAGGGUUGGACAUUCAUUUUGGCUGUUCUUUUUAUAUGACUGUCAUUUCUAUCAUUCUGAACCAUAUAUUUGAAUCCAGAAAUCGGAGUGAAAGCAUACAUGGCAACUUCAAAUGUUUGACAUACUUUUUAUUUGUUUUGAAAUACCAGAAUUGGCAAGGCUCAAAACGACAAAUUCCAUUAUUAAACUGCUUUUCCACAUCUGCAGUUCUUUUUGGACCCUUCUGCACUAGAUGGAGGCUUCCAGGGUUAAAGGUGAUUUGUAUGUUAUAAUCUUUGGGAAGUGUGUGGCACAUAGUCUGUUCUUUUGUUACCCGAAGAAAUGGAUGAUGAUAUUAAAAAUAAAUAAAUAAUUCUGCAGUCUUAGUCAUGAAACAGCCUGGUGACUUGUCUUUCUCUGUGUUGAUCAGGCUUAGUUGAAUACUCGAUACAGAAGUGGCUUUGAGAAUUGUUUUAAGGGAAUGGCAUCCAUAUUCUGCUAUUAAUUGUGCAAGGCAUUAGCAUUUUGACUCCAUGUGACCAAUCAGUACAUAUGUACUUCACAAGUCAGCUGACAGGUAUUGACCUGUUAACAAAAGAGCAUUGGUCUCAUCUGUAACCAGCAGCACGGGCAUGGCUGGAACUUGAGGUCACAAUAAAUUUAAAUGUGCACAUACAUGAUGGAUUUAUUCAAAGCAGGAUCCUGUGAACUUACUGUAUUUGGACUGAGGGUAGCCUAAAAUUCAAAACUGGCAAUGAAAACCAUAGCUUUGACACAAGCGAUUUACACUUCACGCCCCCUUGAGACGGUGCAGAUGGCUUUGCAAAGGUCAGAAGCUUCAGUCACACGUCAAAUUGCCUGGUUUUGUAAAAUGUUCUCAUGAUCAGUCACAUGAGUAUAGAAAAAAAGACAGUUUCAGGUGAAAUAGUUACUUUCUACACAUCUUUUAAACCUGUUAUGUCACCCAUGUCAUUCUUAUUGAAAUUUCUGCAAAGAAGAAAAGGCAAAUUAACAAUUUUGCAUUAUUACAUGUGGUUCACACAUGAAAUCAGUGUGUGCUCUUGACGAUGAUCUGCACAGAAAAAAAAGUUAAAAAUGUUGGUUUCCAGUGUUGAAGACAAAAAAAGCUACCGUAACGGUGAAAUUGGAACUACAGGGUUUUUGUACAAGGUUUUAUCCAUUCAUGUGUCAUUGCAGUGGUCAGUGAACAAGUCGAUCUUAAAAAAAAGUGACUGAUAAAGCACUUUGAAUUCACAUCAGUGUGGAAAACAGUUUCCUAGUUUUGAGAGGAUUUCCUUUUUUCGAGGAUCCACAAAGAACUUAUAAAGAACAUAAAAUUGGUAAAUUGGGUUCAACCGUUUUUCAGUUCUCUAUGUGAAUCGCUGCAUUUAAUAGUGAUUCCUCUUCCCUCACAUAUUCUGAUGAAAACUCAUUUUUCAUCAGAAAUUUUUGUUUCCAUUUGAUAAACCUCAUCAACUUGUAAAAAUGUCAUGGUACACAAUUUCAAUAUUCCCCAUUUUUAACAUGAAAUUUCCAAUACUACUAAAAACUACACCUAUCAUGUCAAUUGAACCAAAGAUUGUUAAUGUUCAUAUUUAUAACUAAUAUUUGUUUUUUAAACUUCAAGGCCUUGGUAUGAGAGAUUUUUUGUAAAUCUUGACUGUAGUAUAUAUUUAUAUGAAAUAGGAAUGUUACCACAAAAAUGAUCACCUUUUUCUUGCAAACAGUUUAAUUCUAUAGUCACUAAAAUCCAUUUGAUAAAAGCUUGUAAUAAGAGACAAUGCAAAUGGUAUGCCUUUGGCAGUUGUUUUUUCAAGCUGUAGCCUUAACACGGAUAGAGUAUGGCAUCCAAGUUCAACUGUUUGUGAUCAUACUGUGUAUUGCUUCACAUGCUGAGUGACCAUGGGGGGGUUCAUUGUCAGUAGGUGAAGGUUUUUUUUGUUUUUCCUAUGUGAGGUUGUGUACCUGUCAUUUCACCUUCCAACAUUGGAUACAAAUCCCA